CUCCCAUUUCUACGUUCUCGCCUGUCACCUGUAUGAUUUAGAUCAUGACUUUGACAGAUAUCGUGCCGAGUGCUUUCGUUCCUAAGCCUCUGACAGUAGUUGUGGUUGGUGCAGGUGUUUCGGGCAUUCAGUUUGCUCAUAAUGUGACGACGUCAUUGGAUGAUGUUGAUCUUCAAAUUUUUGACCGAAAUCCCUGUCUCGGGGGAACUUGGUAUCUCAAUAACUAUCCAGGCUGUACGUGCGAUGUGCCAUCCCACACAUAUCAGUUCAGUUGGGCACCAAACCCCAUGUGGUCCUCUCUAUAUCCUCCAGCGCGUGAAAUUCACCAAUACCUGGAAGGUGUAGCAGACAAAUAUGAUCUUCGACGGUUCAUGACAUUCAACACUGAGUGCGUGUCUGCCACGUGGGACGAGAAUUCUUCAAAGUGGGAGAUUACCACUCGAGAUGUUCACGCAGACUACGAAAAGACAAUAUGGGCUGAUGUAUUUGUCUAUGCCGUCGGUCGGCUCAAUAACUACAAAAUUCCUCAAAUUCCCGGGCAAGAAAAAUUCCAUGGAAAGCAAGUUCACACAGCGAACUGGCCCACCCAAAUGAACGUUAAAGGGAAGCGUGUAGUAGUUAUUGGCAAUGGCGCUAGUAGCGUUCAAUGUACAGCAGCAUUGCAGCCAGUGGUUUCGAAGAUCAUCAAUAUUGCCCGAGGACCGACUUGGAUCGUGCCACAUGUUUUCUCCGACGACGGUGCUGUUCAGAGGCUUUAUUCAUCCGAGCAAAAGAUGUCUCUCCAGACUAGUCGCUCUAAAUAUUAUGAAUUCCGAGUCGGUUUAGAGAAAAAGCUGGCCGCUGGCUUUGCAGGGCUGUGGAAAGGCACUAGGUCUCAAGCUCAAUUCAGUUCAUUGUCAGAGUCGUUCAUGAGAUCAAAAAUUACAGACAAAAAACUGCUGGACGCUCUUUUACCAAAUUUUGACGCAGGCUGUCGUCGCUUUACUCCGGGUGGUCAUUAUCUGGACGCACUGCAACAGCCGAAUGCAGAGUAUUUGAGGGAUUCAAUCGCUGAACUGACAGAUGAGGGCCUUACCACGUCAUCUGGAAGGAGGAUUGAGUGUGAUAUUAUCGUCUAUGCAACAGGUUUUGAACCGUAUCUACCUCGGUUCCCUGUUACUGGCCGUGCAGGAAAAUCUCUAUCGAAAGCUUGGGACCGAGAGGGACCAUGCGAAAGUUAUAUGGCCGCGAUGGUUGCAGGCUUUCCGAAUUUCUUCGUCUUCAAUCCUCCGAUUUGCCCGGUAAACGGGUCAGCAAUACCUGGCAUUGAGCGAGCGGGGAGCUACAUGACUCGAAUUCUGUCACGACUUCAGAAAGACAGAUUGCGUUCAGUCUGUAUCAAAGAUCAGGCUCAGCAGGAGUUUAAUCAGUGGGUUCAGUCUAGAAUGUCCCAUAUGGUAUGGUCAGGGCCCUGCAAUUCAUGGUACAAGAAUGACAAUGGGAAGAUCAUCGUUCCAUGGCCUGGUACAGUACUUCAUUACUACGCAGCAACAGAGAUUAUUCGCUGGGAAGACUUCGAUUUGGAGUACGAAAAUCCCGCUGAGAGAUAUGCGAGCUUUGGGAACGGGGUGACAGCAGAUGGAUUCGUGCCCAAUCAAUUUCCCUGGCUUAUUCCACCCAUUCAGCAACAACCCUCUGAAUUUCACCAGUGGGACUCGCCUUCAAGGCCUUUUGAGUUUCAGGGCAGGAUUUGAAAGACAGGAUGAGUUGUUUUCCCAUGGCAAGAUCAACUUCAUGGA